AUGAGGACCUUGGAGACUACUAAUAUCUCUGGCUUUGUGAAUGAGUUCCUUCUCCUGGGCUUUCCCUGUGGUAGACACAGCCAGAUCCUCCUCUUUGUUCUCUUCUCCUUCAUCUACCUUCUGACCCUCCUGGGGAACACAUCCAUCCUCUGUGCUGUGUGGUCAAGCCGGAAACUCCACACACCCAUGUACAUCCUCCUGGCCAACUUCUCCUUCCUGGAGAUCUGCUAUGUCAGUUCUGAUGUGCCCAAAAUGUUGGCCAACAUCAUCUCCCAGACCAAGAGCAUCUCCUACACUGGCUGCCUGCUGCAGUUCUACUUCUUCUUCUCCAUGUGUGCUGCUGAGGGCUUGUUUCUGUCGGUGAUGUCUUUUGAUCGAUUUCUUGCCAUUUGUAGGCCUUUGCACUAUCCCACUAUAAUGACCCAUCACCUAUGUGCUCAGUUAGUGGUUUUCUGCUGGGCAGGUGGCUUUCUCUGGUUACUGACUCCUUUGACUCUAAUAUCUCAGGUGCCCUUCUGUGGUCCAAACGCCAUUGACCAUUUUCUCUGUGAUCUGGCACCUUUGCUGGCAUUGUCCUGUGCUCCAGUACCUGGAAUUACUCUGAUCUGUGGAACCGUUAGCUCUCUCAUAAUCUUUCUCACCUUCCUGUACAUCCUUGGCACUUACUUCUGUGUUCUAAGUGUGGUGCUACAGGUGCCCUCAGGCUCAGGAAGGCACAAGGCUUUCUCUACUUGUGCCUCCCACUUUGCUGUGGUGUCUCUGUUCUAUGGCUCAGUCAUGGUGAUGUACGUUAGACCAGGUUCUGGGGACUAUCCUGGGAUGCAGAAAUUUGUGACCCUGUUCUAUGCUUUGGCAACCCCAUUCUUUAAUCCCCUGAUCUACAACUUUCGGAACAGAGAUAUGAAGGAGGCACUAAAGAAAAUUUUGAAUGUGCUGUUAUGGGAAAUUUCUAAAGGAUUCAAAAGUUGAAUUUAACAUAAUGCAUCAUUAAUGUUUAGGAGGAUGGAAGAUCACGAGACAAACGAGA